CGCCCCGCCCCUCCCGUGAGGGGGGUCGGUGAGGGGGGAUCCAGGGAGGCUUUCCCUUCUCCCUCCCUAUCCCUCCCGUGCGGCGGAGCCGCACGGGAGGGAUAGGGAGGGAGAAGGGAAAGCCUCCAGAGAGCCUUCCACUUCAAAGCCGGUGUGGCUGCUCCGCUGUCACCCGCUCCCUCCCCGCGCACAUAAGGUUUCAGCGGGACGCCCCCGGUGUGUGAGGCGGCGGUGCCGCCCUCAGCCUUGGCGUGCGCAGCCCGUCGGCGUCCUCCUGCUUUAAAUGCCGCUCGUGGUUCCUUUAGCUGUUGCUGGGUUUUGGGUGCCGGCGUGCUUGCGGCCGGCAGCCCUCUCUCAAGAGAAGGUUCUGCUGUUCAGAGCGGCUCUGGCAGGGCGGGCGAUUAAUGCCCGACGCGCAUCCGAGGGUGUUCCCAUCCUUACCUGAGCCUGCUCAUCCUUAUUUUUGACCCGGUUUAGCGCCGGUUUUCAACACUCAAAUCUUGUUAACGUGUCUUGCUUUUUCAUACCUCGUUUCCAGCACGAGGGGAAAAAAAACCCCUCAAACCCCAAAGUUCCGCAAUUCUCAAGGGCUGAGUGUUAUCAUACAAUCACAGAAUCACAGGAUGGUUUGGCUUGGAAGGGUCCCGAAAAGUCGUCUGGUUCCAAUCCCCCCUGCGAUGGGCAGGGAUGUCACCCACUGGAUCAGGUUGCUCAGGGCUCCACCCAACCUGGCCAUGUUACCUGUUGAGAACCAGGUAACGUGAAAAGUCACAAAGUUGUAUUAAAACCAUAAUCACUUGUAAACAAGCUGGAAACCAAACUCCACUUCCUUACUCAAAUAAAAUCCUUUAGGCCAAUUCAUUGGUGACAUAAGCUGGGUGUGCUGGCAAAGCCUUCUCCUUGGUUUUCUGUUGCUCAAUCCAAAUAUCUGUGUGCUACGAGGCUGAGUAAUACCUGUUAUUCAGCAUCAGGAGAGCAGGGAAAAUGAGCCCAAUUAAUCCCUGGUAGUAUUUGAAGUAGAACAGGUGUAGAAUCUGAGCUGGAGCUUAGCUUGGCAACAUAUACUGUUAACUUAAGGGUAAGAAAAAAGACCCACAAACACUACAGGGACAGCUGUAAGAUACUACAGCUGUCAAAAAAAACAAAACAUGAAACCAAGAAGUUCAGAGUUAACUUGAAAAUCUAGUCCACUGUUUAUAAAAUAAACUGUUUUUAAAAUAAAAAUAAAUUGCUCAAUUAAACUGCUCAGAUAACUUGAACCUUUCUCCUCUGUCCUCCAGUUUUCUGUUUGCUCCUCACAAAUGUAAAGUCUGGUUCUAGAAAUCCCUGUGCAAUUACUGAGUCACUACAGUCCAGUAUAAAUUGUGUUGAUCAAGGGCUUUUUACAAGAACUUAACAAAGGUCAGAGACUGUUGCCACCAACAUCUUAAUUAUCUAAAUUGUGUUUGUAAAGUACAUUCUACUGGAAUGAUAUGUUCUUUUUUUUUUUUUUUUUUUUAAAAAGGACUUUGUAGUUAAUAAUAUCCAUAAAAAAAUUAACCUUGAAGAAGGUGCUGGGUUGUGUAGCUUGUAUACCCGUGGACUUUAAUGCUCUGCCUUUUGUGAUAAGUACUAAGAAUGUUUUAAUUUUCUCAAGUUCACUAGUACAAACUUUCUCCUUUUUUUAUUUUAUUUAUUUUUCUAAGUAUCUUCUGGAGCCAGAUGGGAAGACGAGUCCACUCAGGAGCUCAAACAGAACUCUGAAAGUGAGAAGAACUGAAAGCAGGAUGCCAGAGACACAUUUAUGGAAAGGGGUAAAGUGAGACCUUAACUGGGCAGAGAAUCAUAUGAACAGUGGAAGGAGAAAGAAAGUUUGGAGCAUGUCCUAGGGCAUGGCUUGCUUCACAGUGAACAUUUCCAGCCAUCCCAAAGUAAUAAUGCACCAACUUUGCAUGGCAGGGAAAAAGCAACCAACAAAAUAUCCUCUGAAUGGCAUUGACCAACACAGGAGAAACUUAUAACAACCUGUUUAUUCAGCUUGAUGGUAUUAAUAAACACUCAACCGAACAUUCAGUGGAAAAAAGAAGAAUGUGAAGGACAACUCUCAUUCAGCUGUCAUUCCUACCGCUGUGUAAACUGGGUGACAAAGGAGAGAUGAGAUUAUAUCAGCUUUUUAAUAAGAAAUUUAAGGAGCAUCUUUCUCAGACCACCUCAUGCAGUGCUUCUGGAUUUAAGACCCUAGAAACUGCAGAAAAUGGUGAACCCAGCUAUCCAUGAUGUCUUUCAAUGGAAGCAUCGAAGAUUAACUUGGAGAAGCAUAGAGAAAGAGAUGGGAAGUUAAAGACAGAGGUAGCUGCUGGACAAAGACCCUGGGCUUGCUUUUCUCUGGCUGCUGACUGCCUCCAGGUUUUGUGUGAAGGAAAACACAGAGCUCAACUACUCAGGCUGGGGAUGGAUGAUUCAGAGUGAUUGGUUUCCUGUGGCUUGGCCGUGGCUGCUGCUGUCCCCAUGUGUUCAUCACUAAUCAGCUGCAAGAACCGAGGGAGAGAUGGUGCCGACUGAAAGGAAAUCUGCUUUUUCUAAUGAAAAAUAAGAGCUCUGAUGCCUCUGAAGUGGUAAUCCUGGAGCGCUACUGGGUUGUGGAGUUCAGGAGUAAAGCAGAUGUUUCAAUAGUUCUCAAGUUUCAGAGUGGAGAGCCGGAUCUUUACCUCGAAGCUGCCUCGAAGCCGGAUUGUGAGUCUUGGGCUGUGGCACUGGGAGAGGCAAACUCGGAAGGUUUGCGGGGUAAAAUUCAGCAGCUCCGGAGGUUGAUCAUGGAAAUCAAAGAGGAGAGAUCAGCAGAUGAAGGACGGCAGUUUCUCCCUCCAUCCCAAGCAGACAGCCUAGGAGAGCCCCAGUUUACGAGUAUUCAGAGAAUUGCAAAUGAGCCAAAGCUGGAGUUCAGUCUUGCAUGCAAGGAUCUAGUGGCUGCUACCCGUGAUCGGAAGCUGAACACGUUUAUACAAGUCUCAGUGGUGCAUCCAGCAGAGCACAUUUUGACGAGGUAUUCAAGCACUGAAAUCGUGGAGGGUACAAGAGAUCCACUGUUUUUGACUGGUGUGACAUUCCCACCGGAAUACCCCAUCUAUGAGGAGACUAAAAUAAAACUGACAGUCUAUGAUGUCAAAGAUAAAUCUCAAGACACGGUCCGCACCAGUGUCCUACCUGAUCACAAGGAACCAAGAGCAGAUGUUGGGAGAAGCUUCCUGGGCUGUGCAACUUUUAGAGUAGGAGAUCUGGUAAAAUCAAAGGAGCAACAGUUGACCCUUACCCUCAGAACUUCUGAUGGUGGAAAGGCAGUUGGUACCAUUGAAGUCAAUCUGGUGAAGAUGGGAGAGCUGGAGGAUGGGGAAACAGACCACAUCACAACAGAUACCCAGGAUCAAAAGUGUGCAUUGGUUCGUGAAUGUACAGCCACUGAAGGCAUAAGUGGGAAAGACAACCUGCCCUCAUUAAAUGCAGUGCUAAAAAACCCGAUUUGUAAGUUAUAUAGAUUCCCUACUUCUGACAACAAGUGGAUGAGGAUCCGGGAACAGAUGGCUGAGACCACCCUCUCUUUCCACGUUCCUAAAGAACUAAUAAAUCUGCACAUAAAGGAGGAUAUGAGAAGGAAUCAGGAACUUAAAGACCUGGGAGAACUUGCUCCUCACUGGGACAACAUGCGCAAAAGUGUGAUUGCUCACUGUGAUCAGAUGUUGAGCAUGUACCAGGAUACUCUUGCGGAGCUUGGGAAGCACACAGGUUCUUCCUUCAAAUCAAGCUGUAGCAAAGGAGAAAAAACACUAGAAUUCAUCCCAAUAAAUCUUCAUCUGCAAAGAAUGCAUGUGCAUAGUCCUCGAUUGAAAGAUGCUUUGUAUGAUGUCAUCACCGUGGGAGCCCCAGCAGCGCAUUUCCAAGGAUUUAAGAAUGGUGGUCUCCGGAAGCUGCUGAGUAAAUUUGAGGCAGAAAGAAGAAAUACUGGAUACCAGUGUAUUUACUACUCACCUGAAAACACAGCCAAGGCAAAAGAAGUUCUCAGCAACAUCAAUCAUCUACAACCUCUUAUAUCAAGCCAUGCAGACCUGCUGCUUAGUUCUGCAAGCCAGCGUUGUCCAGACAGCUUGAAGAAUUCUUUAAAGAUGCUUUCAGAAAAAACGGAGUUAUUUGUGCAUGCAUUUAAGGAUCAGCUGGUCAGAAGUGCCCUUUUAGCACUGUACACAGCCCGGCCUGGCUGUGUCCUCAAGAAACCAGCUGUGCCUAGAAACAGUGCAGAAGAAGGGGGUGAUUCACAGCACCAGGAUCAUCCUUCUCAGAUUAAAAGGCAGGACUCUAUACCCCAUCAUUCUGAAUAUGAUGAGGAAGAGUGGGACAGGGUGUGGGCCAAUGUGGCAAAGAGUUUAAACUGUGUUAUUGCCAUGGUGGACAGACUGCUUGAAAAAGACAACAUCAGCAGCAUUAAAGAGGAUCAAAAUGACCCUUCAGCAGCAGACUGCAAGGUGUUGCAUACAGGUGGUGACUGGUACGAACAACUUUAUCCACUGGUGAUUACGCUGAAGGACUGCAUGGGAGAGGUGGUGACCAGGGCGAAGCAAUCCAUGGCCUUUGUUCUGCUCCAGGAGCUUGCCUGCGGUUUGCCACAAUGUUUGAUGCUGACCCUGAGGAGAGACAUCGUCUUUAGUCAAGCACUCGCUGGAUUGGUCUGUGGGUUUAUAAUCAAAUUGCACACAGGUUUACACGAUCAAGGAUUUUUACAACAGCUUCAUACUGUUGGAUUGCUCGUGCAAUAUGAAGGACUCCUUAGUACAUACAGUGAAGAAGCAGGGAUGCUGGAAGACAUGGCUGUGGGCAUUUCAGAUUUGCAGAAAGUAAUGUUUAAAGUCAUUGAAGCCAAAUCAGAAGAUUUUUUGCCUAUUAUAACUGGCAGGCGUGAGCAUUACAUUAUAGAGGUCCAGCUUCCAGCAAAGAUGUUUGAGUUGCUGCCACAAGAGAUUAAAGAAGGAAAGCUUCUUCGCAUGUAUCCAGUACUCUUUAAUGUUGGAAUCAAUGAACAGCAAACACUUGCAGAGAGGUUUGGAGAUACCACUUUGCAGGAAAACAUUAACCAGGAAAACUUAGAACUCCUCAAAGAAUAUUACAAGUUAUUUACGGAAAAAAUGCCUCCUGAUUGUCUACCACAUUUUCAAGAACAAAAUGAUUUAAAGGGAUUGCUAGAAAAUCUCCAUCAAAAUAUCCAGGCCAAAAGGAGAAAGAAUGUAGAAAUCAUGUGGCUGGCUGCAACGAUUUGCCGGAAGCUGAACGGCGUCCGCUUCACCUGUUGCAAAAGUGCCAAAGACCGGACAUCCAUGUCGGUGACGCUGGAGCAGUGCUCCAUCCUGAGGGACGAGCAUCAGCUUCACAAGGACUUCUUCAUCCGGGCACUGGACUGUAUGAGAAGCAGACAAACCCAGGGAGCACUGAAUGAAUCGGAUGAUCCCGAAACAGGCUGUCUAACUGAUAACAAGCCAACUUCUCGACACUUCUAUCCUGUCGCCUUGCUGCUUGUCAGCUCACACUUGCUGGUUGUGUGGCUUAUUUUAAGUCUUGCUUUGCUAUUAGCCAAAUAUCAAUAA